AUUCUUUGUUGGGUUCUGUUCUGUUUGCCUUCUCUUUCCCAAUAAUUCUCAUUCAUAGUUCAUAGAAUCAAUGGCUACCACUGUCUCCUUCUUUCCAUCUCCAACGCUUUUGUCUCAUUAUCAACUUUCGCUCUCUUCAGUCCCCAAAUUCAAACCCUACACCGUUGCUUCCCGCCAACUCUUGUGCAUCUCCCACAACACUAUCUCUGUCUCUGCUUUCAGAAACCAAACAACCUCUCCAACGUUCCUCGCAAUGUCUUCUCCCAACACCGAGCCUAUGCUUCCUCCUUAUAACGUUUUGAUAACUGGGUCAAGCAAAGGAAUAGGGUAUGCAUUGGCAAAAGAAUUUUUAAAAGCUGGUGACAACGUCAUGAUUUGCUCAAGAUCAUAUGAAAGGGUAGAGACUUCUGUCCAGAGCUUGAGAGUAGAAUUUGGGGAGCAGCAUGUGUGGGGCACUAAAUGUGAUGUGAGAAACGCAGAGGAUGUGAAGAAUUUAGUUUCAUUUGCUCAAGAGAAACUGAAAUACAUUGAUAUAUGGAUCAACAAUGCUGGAUCAAAUGCAUAUAGCUAUAAGCCACUUGCUGAGGCUUCUGAUGAAGAUCUUAUUGAGGUGGUUACAACAAAUACACUUGGCUUGAUGAUAUGUUGUAGAGAGGCAAUAAGGAUGAUGGUGGUCCAGCCUCGUGGAGGUCAUAUUUUUAAUAUUGAUGGAGCAGGUUCAGAUGGAAGACCAACUCCCAGGUUUGCUGCAUAUGGAGCAACAAAGAGAAGUGUAGUGCAUUUAACAAAGUCUUUACAGGCAGAAUUGCAGAUGCAAGAUGUUAAAAAUGUUGUGGUGCAUAAUCUUUCGCCAGGAAUGGUUACAACGGAUCUUCUUAUGUCUGGCGGAAAUACAAAGCAGGCAAAGUUUUUCAUUAAUGUCUUGGCUGAACCAGCCGAAGUGGUUGCAGAAUAUUUAGUUCCAAACAUUAGAUCUAUCCCUGCCAAUGGAUCAAUGAAACCAACAUACAUUCGAUUCCUCACUGGUUUGAAAGCCUAUUCCCAGAUAUUUUCAAGAUUGGCAUUUGGGGCAAGAAGGAACCGGUACAUUCUUGAAGAUUGAGCAGUCUCCUCAAACAUUUGAAAGGAGGAUGAUUGUUUUUCCCACAAAGAUGAUAUGGAAGAUAAGUUUUUUUUUAAUUGUGUCUUGCACCUUUAUGAUGCGUGACAUGUAAGGCUUUUUUAACAUCUUGUUUCAUCACACAACUUUGUUCUUGUGCUUGUAAGUUACUUAAGAGUUCUAUUAGUGUGAUAAAAAACAAAAUAAGUAGAAAUUAUGAGGAGAAGGAAUGAAAAAGAAAAAAUGUACAUUUGUUCAAUAACAACAAUACAUCUAUAAUUGUUGAAGCAAGCUCCUCAAAAGGUAUAAAAAUUUAAGUUUUG